AUGGAAUACCCUAUGCAAGAUUUUGAUUGUGAUCAGGAAACCACUUUUUUAUUGCCAAAUUCUUCAGGUAACGGAAAUGAAAUGGAUGUUCAUACAGUAAGAAAUAAUAGAAACCCUAAGCGUCGUCGUAGUAUAAGCAGUAUUUUAUGUGGAUGCUGGUGUACUUUUUUUCGAAAAUGUUGUGGUCCUCGAGAGUUGAGAUCAAGAAACAUUCUUCUUGGAAAUCCAACGCCUGGCCAAUUUCCUGCAAAUGCAAUCAGGAAUCAAAAAUAUAAUAUAAUAACUUUUUUACCUCUUGUUCUCUACCAACAGUUUAAAUUUUUCCUCAAUCUCUAUUUCUUGAUCAUGGCUAUCAGUCAAUUUGUGCCUGAUAUCCGUAUAGGCUAUCUCUACACCUAUUGGGGACCAUUGUGUUUUGUAUUAUUGGUCACACUCUCAAGAGAAGCUAUAGAUGACCUAAGAAGACAUAAAAGAGAUCAAGAGGUCAACAAUCAGAAAUGUAAGAGGUUGUUGAAUGAUUCAAAUAAACCAUUUGAGAUUGUUGCUGCACACAAGUUAAAAGUAGGAGAUCUAAUUAUUGUUGAUAAAGAUGAAAGGGUGCCAGCUGACUUAGUGUUACUUAGAACAUCUGAAAGUAGCGGUGCAGUUUUUGUAAGAACAGAUCAACUGGACGGUGAAACAGAUUGGAAAUUAAGAUUAGCUGUUCCAGCAACUCAAAAGUUAGCUUCAGAACGUCAAUUAUUUGAAAUAAAUGCCAGUAUUUAUGCAGAAAAACCUCAAAAAGAUAUACAUUCAUUUAUUGGAACUUUCAGCAGAUUGGAUUCUUUAAAUAGUGAUGAAAGUUUGGAUCUAGAAAACACUUUGUGGACAAACUGUGUCAUUGCUUCAGGUCAGGCUACAGGAGUUGUUAUCUAUACAGGUCCAGAAACAAGAUCAGUUAUGAAUAAUUCAGCCCCUAGAUCUAAAGUAGGCCUGUUGGAUAUUGAAGUGAACACUAUCACUAAAUUAUUAUUUGUGGCUGUUAUUGGUCUUGCUCUUAUCAUGAUGGCCUUAAAAGGUUUUAGCGGACCUUGGUAUAGAUACAUGUUCAGAUUCAUCCUGCUGUUUUCUUACAUUAUACCUAUCAGUUUGCGUGUAAACUUGGAUAUGGGAAAAUCUUUUUACUCCUGGGCCAUUGGAAAAGAUCCAGCAAUGAAAGGAACUGCUGUUAGAUGUACCACUAUACCUGAAGAACUGGGUAGAAUCUCAUAUUUGUUAAGUGAUAAAACUGGUACUCUUACACAAAAUUCUAUGGUUUUAAAAAGAUUACACUUAGGAACUGUCAGCUAUGCAACUGACAGUUUUGAUGAGUUGAGCACAGUUCUGAGAUCUUCAUAUAACAAUUCUGAGAAUGUAAAACCUGGAUCAGAUAAAUUUAGAAGGUCAGAAAAUUCUAGGGUUAAAGAUGCAGUGCAGGCCUUAGCUCUAUGUCACAAUGUCACUCCUAUGUGUGAAGCAAAUGAAAAGAAAGACGCAGAUUCUAGUUCUUUUGGUUCUGACACGGAAGCGGAUCAGCAGCUUCAAAUGCCUGAUAAAAAUGUGACUUAUCAAGCUUCCAGUCCUGAUGAAGUUGCUUUGGUACAAUGGACACAUCAAGUCGGUUUAACCUUGAGUCAUAGGGAUCUUAACUCCAUGCAACUUAGGACUCCUGAUGGCAGGCUUAUAAAUUAUGCAAUUCUACAAAUUUUCCCAUUCACCAGUGAAACAAAAAGGAUGGGAAUUAUUGUUAAGGAUUUGUAUACUGGCGAAAUAAUUUUUUACUUAAAAGGAGCAGAUAUUGUAAUGUCAGCUAUUGUUCAGUACACUGAUUGGUUAGACGAAGAAGUUGGUAAUAUGGCAAGAGAUGGUUUAAGAACAUUGGUAGUUGCAAAGAAGAACCUUACUGAGGAACAGUACCUUGAUUUUGAGGGUCGUUAUAAUGCAGCUCGUUUGUCAACCACUGAUCGUGUUGCAAGAGUAGCACAGGUUGUCGAAUCAUUAGAGAGAGAAAUGGAAUUAUUAUGCAUAACUGGGGUAGAAGAUAAAUUACAAGAUAAUGUGAGAGCUACUUUAGAAUUACUGAGGAAUGCUGGAAUUAAAAUAUGGAUGCUUACUGGAGAUAAACUAGAAACUGCGACUUGUAUCGCAAAGAGUUCUAGUUUAGUUUCUAGAUCGCAAGGUCUUCAUGUACUGAAAAAAGUUGUUACUCGAACGGACGCCCAUUUAGAAUUGAACGCUUACAGGAGAAAACAAGAUUGUGCUUUAGUUAUUAGUGGUGAAAGUUUGGAAGUCUGCCUUUCUUAUUAUCAACCUGAAUUUAUGGAAUUAGCUACGUCUGCGCCUGCUGUUGUCUGUUGCCGUUGCUCACCUACUCAAAAAGCACAAGUGGUUCAGUUGAUCCAAAAACACACUGGUAAACGUACUGCAGCUGUGGGUGACGGGGGAAAUGAUGUAAGCAUGAUUCAACAAGCUGAUGCUGGCAUAGGUAUCGAGGGUAGAGAAGGGAAGCAGGCAAGUCUUGCAGGCGAUUUCAGUAUACCGCAAUUCUCCAAUUUGGCCAGGCUUUUACUAGUACAUGGCAGGAAAUCUUACAAGAGGUCUGCGUCUCUUGCACAAUUUGUGAUACACAGAGGACUGAUCAUUUCUACAAUGCAAGCGGUAUUUAGCAGCGUGUUUUAUUUGAGUUCGGUAGCGCUCUAUCAGGGCUUCCUUAUGGUUGGAUAUGCCACAAUAUAUACAAUGUUCCCAGUAUUCAGUCUAGUACUAGAUCAAGAUGUUAGUCCAGAAAUAGCGCUUACUUACCCCGAAUUAUAUAAAGAAUUAGCUAAAGGAAGAAGCCUAUCAUUUAAAACCUUCUUUAUGUGGGUUUUAAUAAGUAUAUACCAAGGAGGUGUAAUAAUGUAUGGUGCUUUGCUUCUUUUUGAAGACGAAUUCAUUCAUAUUGUGGCUAUCAGUUUUACAUCACUUAUCUUAACCGAAUUGAUAAUGGUAGCUUUGAAUAUUAGAACAUGGCAUUAUCUUAUGGUAUUGGCGGAAUUAUUUUCUUUGGGCUUAUAUGCGUUAUCAUUGGUUGUAUUAAAUGACUAUUUUGAUUCCGAGUUUAUAAGGACGAAAGAUUUCUUCUGGAAAGUAGUAAUAAUAACACUGAUAUCUUGUCUACCGCUAUACAUCUUGAAGUUCUUGAGGAAGAAAUUCUCGCCUCCUAGCUACAGCAAACUUUCGUAA